AUGUCGCAGUUCAAGUCGUCCGCGACGUCGUCGCGCGCUGACGCCGGAAGCCACGAUCCCAGUCCCAAGAGAAAGGUCUCCAUGGACCUCAUGAGGCUCAAGAACUUUCCUUCCACCUUGUCGCUGCGCAAACCCGAUCCCGAUACCCCGCCUCGCGCUGACGGCAUGACUUCUAGCAGCACCUUCUCUCGACUACGAAACUUCGGCCAAUCGUCUCGCCAGUCGCGAGCUUCCACAGGUGCAGACCAAGCCGACACCUCGACUGACUCCAAGUCUUCUUCCACCAAAAGGACGUCUCGGUUACUGGACGCUUUCAAACCUACCAAGAAGCAGACGCCGUCGUUCGAAGUCGUUCGCAAACCACCAAAUCGCAGCACCACCUCCUUCCACUCUUCAUCACACCAGCCAUCUCCUAGCGUCGAGGUGCCAAGACCCGCGAGCCGUCUUUCGGUUCACAAAGCACCUGAAGUCGCACGUCCAGCACCCAGGAUAUCCUUCUCCGAGCCACGCUCACCGGUGACGUCUUCACAUCCACAGUCUUCUAGUACUGCUGCCGCAUCGUCAACUCCGGAUCAGGAUGACCCCAAGGCUCGACUAGCAUACCCACCAUCCACAUCCAGGACUCGCAAAUUCAGCGGCAAUCAUCUGUCUGCCUCGUCGAGUCGCAAACCCUCGGAUCCGUACCUCAACCCAGCCUCCGCAUCCAACUCUCGUGCGCAAUCGCCUUCUACCACGCCCACCGUCGAGAAUCCGAAUGGGAGCUUCAGUCUGCAUUCCUUCCGCAAUGUUCGCUCGCCUAGCGAGGCUUCCGCAGCCGACGACCCCAGCACGCAGUCGCAUUCCAGAGUUCACAGCAUGAUCUCGGUCGAUGAGUACGUGACUCCAGGCGAAGAAUUGCCAGAGCCACGCUACAUCACUGAUGCUGAGGUCGGCCGAACUGCCAGCCCGAUACCCAACGCAAGACCGGCCAGCAUCUCGGCCGCCAAGUUCCGUCAGGCUGCACGCCAAAGGAGCGAGAGCGGCACCAUUCCUACCCUCGAUACCCUGCAAGGUGGCCCAGGCUUUGUCAGGCCGCAAAGGUCUCGUACACCAUCGCAAGAUCUCGCUGCCAUGGAAGCCGCGCUUGCCCAGACGCAUCCUAAUGCCUACCGCACCUCGGUAGCUGAAAAACGCAGAUCUGGUGACCCGGCCACCUUGUCCGCUGCUGCUUCCAGUCCGAGCAUCGCUGAUGACUCGCAACGCCGCAAGCGGGGCUUCUUCAUCGUCGUCGAGGGUCUCGACAGAGCUGGCAAGAGCACGCAGGUGGAACGGCUCGCCGAACAUCUCCAGGCCAAAGCCAUCAAGUUCCCAGAGAGGACCACAGCCAUCGGUAUAAUGAUCAACUCGUAUCUCGCUCAGACCAGCGACCUCGACGACCAGGCCAUCCACCUGCUCUUCUCAGCAAAUCGCUGGGAGUGUGUCUCUUCGAUCAAGAAGACGCUCGAGGCGGGUGAGAGCAUCGUGUGCGACCGAUACGCCUUUUCAGGCAUCGCCUACUCGGUCGCCAAAGGCCUGUCUUACGACUGGUGUCGCAACCCGGACGUGGGCCUGCCUUUGCCAGAUCUCACCAUGUUCCUCGACCUCGAUGCACAAACUGCCGCAGCUAGGGGUGGCUAUGGCGAGGAGAGGUACGAGAAGCUCGAAUUUCAAGCCAAGGUACGCGACGCAUUCAGCCGCGUCUCUCAAGACGUCAAGGCGCACGGUGGCAGAUGGGUGACGAUCGAUGCAAGCAAGACGUUGGAUCAGGUCACAGAUGACAUUCAAAGGGCGGUGCUGAGGGCUACCUCGUCCAUCGAUCGAGUCGGUGCCAAGCUCGGAAGGCUCUUUGUUUCCGAACGACCGGCCAAUGUUCGUGCUGGAUCCAGCAGUGAGAUGUACCCUAGUAUGGCGGUGCCCAACACCAAGCGCUCGUCCAUGUCGUCUGAGGAUUUCGGGAGGAGAGGCAAAUCGCUGGAUCAGCCCCGCAUCAACAUCAACACUGCAACGACAAAUGGCAACUUUCCUGCUAACAGACCGACAGGCUCGCCCUUGACGUACACGGAUCAGCUCGCCGCGGUGCGAGCCGCUGCUGCCGGUACGCUUUCCGGUCUAUUUGGAGGCUCCAACGUCACUGUGGAUCAGCGAAGCCCCUCGAUCAAAAGCGAGAAUAGGCAGCCAGAUCUUGAUGGCCCCUCGCCAGUCAACUCGGCUCGUGGACAAGGGUACGACUCUGCCCGCGUCCUUGCAAAUGCAAAUCUGCGCGAAGGGUCUGGCAGAAGACGAACGCUGAUUGACGUGAUUGGCGAAAUCGAGAACCAGCCUCAACAAGCGACUCGGGCUGACCAUCGUCGGUCGCUGUCGGCGGCAGCCGAGACCACCACUCCCACCAACGAGGGUUUCCCGAGCACCUUUGCGCAAGCUGGUCGAGCGCGACGUAGCACCGAGCAAGGACGUCUGUCCGCGCUGCCCACCAUCGAGAGCAGCGGUGCUAGACCCGUUGUGGCGCCUCGUAGUGCCUCGCUCACGGUGCAGCCUGGCGCGGGUGACGUUGCACCGACCGCGAUCCCGACGUAUCCGACCAAUAGUGACAGACCCUUGGCUUCUCCGCUAAGUCCACGAAGUCCUGCUUCUCCACCGAACGGGUUUGCUAGCGGCCCGGACGUGCCUCGCGGCCUCUCGCCCGCCGCCGUCCGCCCUUCGACCUUGUCGCCGGCGCCGCGCACCUCCUCGACCGCACUGAGCAAUUCAUCGCGCAGCUCCCUCGCCAGUCCGCCUCCACGCGCUCUGUCCACGCCUCCUAUCCUCCGACCUGCCAGCACCAAUCCUGCGGACAUUGCUCACGGUGACGCCUCCGCGAGCGGCGGCAACAUCGACCCGAAUCUCCUCAGCUCGCAGCACCUCUCGAUGCUCGCCAUGCAGCAGAAUCAGGCCGAGAUGCAGGAGCAGUACAUGCGUAAUUACAUGGCUAUGAUGGCGAACCCGGCGCUGGCGCAGCAGGCGCACUACCAGCUGAUGCUGCAGCGGCACCAGCAACAGUACUUUGGUCGGGCGGCGAGUGCGAUCGGGCCCACGUUGAGUGGAGGGAACAACCUGGGAGCGGGCGCGAACGGGAAUGGUGUGCCACCUGUUCCGACGCAGGUCUCGAACGGGCCACCGCUGGCGGCAUUCAUGCAGCCUGCGCAAGGCGUGGGUGUGCAACCGUUGGAGAAUGGCAAGGGGCCACAGAAAGAGCGAACGCGAUCGCACAAACGCAGCCUCUCGGGUGGCCCGCUCUACGAUACUCCAUCUAACGGCCUCGCGGCCACUAGCAACGGCGCAGCGCCAACUUCGACCUCGCAGCCUAUGUUGUCGAUGAUGAUGGCCGCUCCGCCGCCGAUUGUCACCAGCCAUCCCAGCUCCAGCGGGGCUGCAGCAGCCUUCGCGCCGCAGGCGUACUACGCAGCACCCCAUCCGCAGAUGUAUGGCGGCCAGCCGAUGUUUUACCCACCCAUGAUGGCUGGUGGUGCCUGGGGUCAGCAGCCGACGAUGACGGCGGCAGCUGCGGCGGCCUUCGCAGGAGGUGCAAGACCGGGAUAUGCCCAGUCCAGGUCCGAGAUCGGUGUGCCCGGAGGGUUGAGGUCGCAGAGAAGCAGCGACGCCGCGUUGCGCAGUCAGUAUCUCAAGCAGCCGUCGCAACCAAAGUGA